UUUUGCCAAACAUUGUCGGAAGAAGAUUCCGUCACGCACUUUUAUUGCAUGUUGUGGCAAACCGCUCCUCCAGACAACGCCAGGGUCCGGGGUGGGAAAUUGACAGCAGGAGAUGAUGACGUCUUCGCUUGCUGGAUCAAUGCUGAGACAAAAACCCUCUUCACUGGACAAAAACUUCAGCCAUCAAGGCUGAACCGGAAUGGUGACGACUGAAAAGGAACUUUAUUCAAGUGUAAACAGUUUGAUAGUCGUGUGGAUUUCAUAUGCCAAGACAAAAAGGGUUGUUCUGAAACACGUAUGGAUUUAUCAAACAAAGUUAAAUUACCGUGUGCAACUUAGCUAGCUAACAGUUAGUUGGCUAGCUGGCUAGCUCUUUGGACAGUACCACACAGCUUUUUACGGAACAGCUUGACUAAACUGUUAUCGAUCGGCGAACAAAGUGAGCGAUGGAGAGACACUGGCGUGUUUUCUGGUCUGUGAAAAGUGGUAGCUGACUUCUGCUUAUUUUUGGAAAUACAACCUACAGGUUGCGCGAUAUCUAAUAUUAACACUAUAUAGUUUGGAUAGUUCUCUAACGAUACUGAUGUGCCGAAGACAAAACCAAAUUGUUGGUGCCUGGAUGAAUGAGGAUCCCCAGUGAAAGAAACAAGAGGAUAGCGUAACUCGAGGAAGGGGAAGUCGAAACAGCCUAAAAGCGGAAAGAGGCUUUUUUCAAAACCACCCCACAAACGUCACAGUUGGUGGGGGAAACUUCACCCUGGAGAGAACACAGAGAGGACGGACGCCCAGCCCUCUACUGUGUUCCAGCUCUUCCACCGAGGGGACCGUGGUCGGGAUGUUUCCCCCAGGGAUGGUUGUGCUUUGAGGCACAGGGUGCUUCUGUGGGCCCCCUCGCCAUGCUGGCCCUGGGAAUGGAGCAUGGACACCGAGUUAGGAGAGGGGUGGGAGGAGAGGGCAAGGGCACCUUGGCUGGUACGGGGGCCGCUGUCGGGUCACCCUGGCACUCGCCGGCCUCAGGGCGACCUCUCCCUCGGGGAGCGGCGCUCAACAUCCGCCAGAAGAUCUCGCAAUGGGAGGGACUCAGCCAGGCGGAGGAGAGCCAAGUGAUUGGGGUUAAAGGUCGCGCUCGUGGAGCGGCGGGUUUGACGCGGGGGCUCUCCGGUGAUGCUGUGGGAGACGCAUUGUGCUCUAACAACCACCAGGUCAAUAACCAGGUCCCAGGCAAAGCCAGCCUGGCCAAAGCCAAGAGUCUGUGCUUGGACUUCAGGGAAGACGCCACACCAAUUCGCAGCACUGUGAUUGGGCGCAAGAUUGAGACCCAGCACAGCCACGACCCCGACCCCGACCAGAGUCAUGCAUGUCUGAGCAAAAUGACCAGCCGCACUCCUGCACUUAAACUUGCGCCACCCCUUGCACUCAAGGUCACCCCAGUCAAGUCUCCCGUCACUGAAGCCUCGUCUGCCAACGGGGUGGCCACCCAGGAACAUGACCUCUCACCUCUACCUCCGCCCACGGACGACCCAGAGGAUAGCCUGCCCCCUGGAAACUUUUACACUUCCAGGGGCUUUUGGCGGCAGAUAGAGGCCAGUGACUCUCCGACCGGCACCUCCAAGAACUUUCCCUUUACAGACGUUAGCCCAGCUCCGCCCAAACCACAGCGCACAUUCGAGUACAGGGGAGCAGGGAGCCCCCCAAGGCACUGGGACCAGUGGGAGAACCAGGCCUUGUCUCCCACAAGAACUAGAACCAAACUUUCAGUGCCUGGAACUCCCCCUUCCUGCCCACCUCCUCCCUGUCCUGUCAGCCAAGGCAACGGCUUUUCAAGACACAAGAAAAACAGGAAGUCGUUUGAGUUUGAGGAUGUGGCGCGACUGGCAGGCCAGGAGGGACUUCUAGGCAACAGUUCCCGCAGAUCAGGACUGUACCAUGCCCGGUCUGAGGACAGCAUCUACGAGGACAUCAUAUCGGAUGUUUCCAGGGAGAAUCCUUACGAGGACAUCAAGUUGUCCCCUAUGUGUCUUCCCAUUGGCCGCCCUCGCCCGUGGACCCUCGCCCAGAGACAAAGGCUCCCACACACCCCGAAGCUGCCUCCAAAGCCUCUCACGCUGCGAGCGUUUGCUGAGAAGACUGAGAGGGGGGUGUCGUCGCAAGGCCCCCCCACCACAGCGGCGACCCCCAGACCUGCUGGACCCAAGCGCAGCGCCGGGAGUCGAGUGUGCAGACUGCCUCAGUAUGUGAUGAAGAUCCAUGAGAUCUUCCAGACGAAGAGAGGCUGGAAGAGAGUGAAGAGCCAAGGAGGAACAGCCAGAGAUGAGACGAGUGGAACAGAGAGUGACCCGGAGGACGGCAGUAAAGAUGGCUUGCAGAGGCUGGUUUAUGUCCAGUCCACACUGAGGCGAAAACCAGGCUAUCGCACCCUGGAGAAGGACCUCAUUCAGCUACAACAGCAGCAGCUCUUUCAGCUGUUUGUGGUGGUGUCACUGAGAAAAGGUUCCCCAGGAAACACGUACAGCCCAGAGAUCACUCAGCAGUUCCCUACCAAGUUUGAAAAGUUGUCCCGAAUGUCCCGGGAAGCAGAGGACCGCAUGAAGGUCAUCCCCCUGUUUUGCUUUCCGGACUCUCAAGACUGGAAACCCUCUGCUGACAUGAACAGCGAAACCUUCUCGUUUGUUCUCACGGGAGAGGAUGGUAGCCGCUGGUUUGGGUACUGUCGCAAGAUCCUGCCCAUUGGGAAGGGGAAGAGACUGCCUGAGGUUCACUGUAUUGUCAGCAGACUGGGCUGCUUCAACCUCUUUGCCAAGAUCCUGGAGGAGGUGGAGAGGAGGCGCGAGAUCUCGCCCGCUCUGGUCUACCCCUUCAUGCGCAGCGUCAUGGAGGCGCCCUUCCCCGCCCCGGGCCGAACCAUCACUGUCAAGAGCUUCCUGCCCGGCUCAGGGAGUGAGGUGCUGACCAUGGGUCGGCCGGUGGACUCGCGGCUGGAGCACGUGGACUUUGACAGCCUGCUGGAGUGCCUGAGCGUGGGCCGCCUGCUCCAGGUGUUCGCCUCCCUGCUGCUGGAGAGACGCGUCAUCUUCAUCGCCGACAAACUCAGCACACUGUCUCGCUGUGCCCAUUCAGCGCUGGCGCUGCUUUACCCGUUCACCUGGCAGCACACCUUCGUGCCCGUGCUGCCCGCCAGCAUGCUGGACAUCAGCUGCUCUCCCACUCCCUUCCUCAUGGGGGCGCUCUCCCGAUCCCUGCCUCAGCUGCUGGAGCUGCCCAUCGAAGAGGUGCUCAUUGUGGAUUUAUGCGCAGACAAGUUCGUCAUCCAGCUGGGGGAUGAGGACCGCAUCUUACCCAGCAAGCUCCAGGCUGCUCUCCAUGAAAUCCUGGAGAACCGAGAGCAGAUCCUAACUCCGGAUGACACAGACGGGAACGCUGGGGAGGAGUGUGACCUGAGUGCCCUCAUCUCGGAGGCGUUUGUGCGCUUCUUUGUGGAGCUGGUGGGCCACUACCCCCUGCACAUGGGCGAGGGGGGGCCAGGGGGCGCCAGGGAGCUGCAGAGGGACAGCUUCCGAAAGUCCCACCCCUCCCGCGGGGUGCAGCAGUUCCUGCAGUUCUUCAUGGAGACGCAGAUGUUCGCCGGGUUCAUCCAGGACCGAGAGCUACGCAAGGGAGGGGUCAAGGGCCUGUUUGAAUUGAGAGCUGCCGAAUACUUGGACUCCCAUCCUGAGCCAGAACCCAGCGGGGUCAAUAAAUUCCUCAAGGGACUUGGCAGCAAAAUUAAAUUCCUCCAGAAGAAGUGAGGACCUAUCGGCAGGAGGCUGCAUCAUGGAUUUCUCCAUGACAACGAACAAGAUUUCCAUAGGAGUUCCUGUGAAUAAAAAAAAAAAUGGUGCCUGAAACGGGAAGAAGGCAAACUUUGGUAUGACGUAGCUGGGCACAAUGCUGCUCCUAGUCCUGGAAGAAUGAAAAGCACAAGAGUCGGAAUAGGUCAGGACCCAACAAUUCCCAAGGUUCCCCUGGAAGAGAGUGAGAGAGAGAGAGAGAGUGUUAAAGAGAGAGAGUGCGAAAGAGAGAGAGAGAGAGAGAGAGAGAGAGAGAGAGAAUAAAUAAACUCCAUUUAGGAGUCUCAGUGCAAUUGGGAUAAAACUGGAAGUGGAUUCUAUUUUUAAACAGUGACCAGUGUUAGUGGCUGUUUGUAAUUGCAAGGGUGGAAGGUACCGCUAAGGCAGUGGGUUAAUUUAAGAACUAUUUAUACCUCUUUCACUAACCUGCUCUGUUCAUCUCUGUAAAUAGAUUUAUAUGUUGUAACGUUUUAAAAUGUUUUUUAUAUAUAAUAAUCUUAAGGACUGGAAAUAGGUUGACAAGGUUUGUGUUUCAAAAUACCGGUUUGAGAGGUUUUUUUUUUUAUCAGUUCAUUUCAAGGUAUCUAUUUAUAAUGGCUGACAUCAAUUGAUCUCACAAUUAUGUAGUUGAGUACAUGCCAUGUGCCAUCAAAACCUGUAAUUAAACCCAAGUGUGUUGUCUAACAACAUUUCAGUACAAAAACUCCUGUACAGUUUUUUAAAAGGUAUACUGUGUUGCCAUUAUCAAUUGCUUGUAAAUCUUUCCAAAUAAAUCUGUUAAUGGAGCACUAUAAAA